GUUGUCAAGGUUUCCGGCAGCUGUGCUAACAGUGUGGGCGCCGGGGUUGCUCUGUGCUUCCCGUCUCGCGCUCGAAGAAGCAACGCCCCCCCCCCCCCGCCUCAUCACCAUGGCUUUAGCUGGGGCGGGGAUGACCGAGCGCGAGCGGGACGGCUGCCGGGAGCUGUUGGAACUGCUCCAGACCGACGAUCUGCUGGCGCUAACGGACACGGUGACCAGCCGCCUCGUGCAGCCCAGCGACCGCCAAGAAGCCAUACAUGCCAUCUUGCUGUACAGUCAAAGUGCUGAAGAGCUGUUGAAAAGAAAGAAAGUAUUUCGAGAGAUAAUCUUCAAGUACUUGGCAAAAAAAGGAGUUAUAGUGCCACCUUCUUCUGAAAAGCACCAGCUUGUUUAUCGUGCAAAGCAGUACUGGUGUGAAGGGCUGAAAGUUUGUGCUUCUGAGCAGAUAUAUGCUAAUCCUAGUACACAGAAACCAGAAGAUGGAGGAAAACGAGGAGAUCAAGACGACAGCAAAGAGUGUCACAAUCUGGCAGAGGAAUUUUGUCAAUGGUAUUUUAGAAUGCUGAACUCUCAGAACCCAUUGACUGGAGAUCCACAAGAAGAAUGGGGACCACAACAUUUUUGGAGUGAUGUAUCCCUAAAGUUUUGUUAUAACACCUCUGAACAAAACAUAGAAGAGUACUCAGGUGCAGAAUUGGUGAGCCUUCGCUUGCUAUCAUUAGUGAAAGAAGAAUACCUCUUCUUGAAUCCCAACCUGAAUGCAGGUGGCCUGAAGUGUACAGUUUCACGAUAUGGAUUAGUUGUGGUGGCAGUAGCUGGCACAGUUCAUAGGAAUACUUGUUGUUUGGGAGUCUUUGAACAAAUCUUUGGCCUCAUUCGCUGCCCAUUUAGGGAGAAUACAUGGAAAAUCAAGUUUGUCAAUCUAAAGAUUGUUGGCCAGAAUGCCAUGGAGGCUGGGACCCAUAUAGAAAGACCUUGCAUAAAAUAUGAGCAAGAAGAACUGCAGGAAUUUUACGUGUCCAAGGAACUUGCCUUGAUUGAGCCUCAAAAAUAUUGAGUGUUCUGUUUUGCAAAAUGAAGGAGGAAAGUUUGUGGGCCUUGGAAAAUACAGCACAAGAGCAUACUCAAAGCAUUCAAGUAAUUUGUUUGCUUCUAUUUUUUGAAUUCAUGCUUUCCUACUAGAAGAUAAUUCAGAAUAUUGAACGUAGAGAUUUGUUGCUGGUAAUUGUUGGCUUGACUCUCCCCCCCCCCCCAUUUACAUUUUGGCAAAUUACUUUGGCAGAUAACUUGCUAAAUGAGAGGGGAGGAAAGGUGAGAAGAUUUGCCUUCCUAUCACCCACUGCAAAGUAUUGGUUUGUGGGGGAUUGAAAACGCAGAAAGAAGCAAGCAUAAAUGAGAAGGGUAAAGCAUAGGAGAUGGAAUAUUGUCAUCUUGACUGCUUGUAGCUUCCUUAUUUUUAAUAGGGGUAGAUGAAUGCAGAGGUAAUGAAUGUUAAGUUUGCAAGAGAUUCUUUUGCCAAAGACUCUUAUCUGAAUCAUUGUUUUGUGACAAUUUUUUUUAAUAUGUCUUCCACUAUAAAAAUAUCCUAGGAGAGGCAAAGUCAACACCUUAUUUUGCACCUGUCACUUAAUAUUUUUCCUUAAAGUUAGCUAAAGUUCAAUUUUCAUUGAUAAAUCUCAGUUCAGUUAUUGUUUAUACUGAAUGACUUAAUUUUAAGUCUUAGUUAAAUAAUCUUUCACAUCUUAAUCUCAGGGUUGUACAAACAAAGCAUUUUUAAUUUAUGGUAGAAGUUUGUGCUAAGAUAAAGACAUUAUUAAAAUGGUUGUUACUUAAAUCAGUAAGUGUCAUAUGCAUGAAAUAGUUACAGCAGUGCUAAAUUUAAUAGAGGGUUUUCAUGGAGAAUUUAUGAAACAAUGUUACUUUCCUCUAUAAAAUAUUUUGAAAUUUUC